GUGCCUAAUUGUGUCUAAUAAUGGGAGCCGCCAGCUCUCUGUAAUUUUACUAGAAUGUCCGGACGAAGCCAGAUCCGUAGUAGUGGUGAUGAACAAUCCGGGGAGCAUCGAACGCAGCAAAACCACCAUCAUCAUCGCCAUUAUCAUCACAACCUUACAUGCUCAGAUCUCCGGGAUCCAGAUCCAUCGAUUGAUCCGACGUCACCGUCGACCGCUAACGGAACGGAGCGAGACGCGCAGGCCCCUGCCCCCCUUCACCCCCAAACAGCUCAAGUAUGCCCUGCCCUCGCAGUUUCAUUUCGACAUUCGUGAUAUCCCUCAUUGUCGUGCCAAAUUCGCCAGACGCCUCCCGAAUGCCAUGCGAUGUAAGCCCACCCAGGCCGGCACUUUCGUGUAG